CGCGCCUCCCGCAGCCUGGAUCAGUCGCCGCCGGUUCCGCAGGUGGCAGCGAUGGCCCGGUCCUGAGCGCCCCGCCAUGGCCGGCGCCCCCCGCGCGCUGCGCCUCGCGCUCCUGCUGCUCGGGGCGGUGGGCAGGGCCGGCCCCCGCCCCCAGGGUGCCACUGUGUCCCUGUCGGAGACAGUGCAGAAAUGGCGAGAGUACCGACGUCAGUGCCAGCGCAACCUGACUGAGACUCCAGCCCCGGCCACCGGCCUGUUCUGCAACAGGACCUUUGAUGACUACGCCUGCUGGCCGGAUGGGCCCCCGGGCUCCUUCGUGAACGUCAGCUGCCCCUGGUACCUGCCCUGGGCCAGCAGCGUGCUGCAGGGCCAUGUGUACAGGUUCUGCACCCCAGAGGGCCUCUGGCUGCACAGGGACAACUCCAGCCUGCCGUGGAGGGACCUGUCGGAGUGCGAGGAGUCCAAGCGCGGGGAGAAAAGCUCCCCAGAGGAGCAGCUCCUGUCUCUCUACAUCAUCUACACAGUGGGCUACGCGCUGUCCUUCUCCGCCCUGGUCAUCGCCUCUGCCAUCCUGCUCAGCUUCAGGCACCUGCACUGCACCCGGAACUACAUCCACCUGAACCUCUUUGCAUCCUUCAUCCUGCGAGCCCUGUCGGUCUUCAUCAAGGACGCCGCCCUCAAGUGGAUGUACAGCACGGCUGCCCAGCAGCACCAGUGGGAUGGGCUGCUCUCCUACCAGGAUUCCCUGGGCUGCAGGCUGGUGUUCCUGCUCAUGCAGUACUGCGUGGCGGCCAAUUACUACUGGCUGCUGGUGGAGGGUGUGUACCUCCACACCCUGCUGGCCUUCCCUGUCUUCUCGGAGCAGCGCGCCUUCAGACUCUACCUGAGCAUAGGCUGGGGUGUUCCCCUGCUGUUUGUUAUCCCCUGGGGCAUUGUCAAGUACCUCUAUGAGGACGAGGGAUGCUGGACCAGGAACUCUAACAUGAACUACUGGCUCAUCAUCCGACUGCCCAUUCUUUUUGCUAUUGGGGUGAACUUCCUCAUCUUUGUCCGGGUCAUCUGUAUCGUGGUGUCCAAACUGAAGGCCAAUCUCAUGUGCAAGACAGAUAUCAAGUGCAGACUGGCCAAGUCUACACUGACGCUCAUCCCCCUACUGGGGACCCACGAGGUCAUCUUUGCCUUCGUGAUGGAUGAACAUGCCCGGGGGACCCUGCGCUUCAUCAAGCUGUUCACAGAGCUCUCCUUCACCUCCUUCCAGGGGCUGAUGGUGGCCGUCUUGUACUGCUUUGUCAACAAUGAGGUCCAGAUGGAGUUUCGGAAGAGCUGGGAGCGCUGGCAGCUGGAGCAUCUGCGCAUCCAGAGGGACAGCAGCAUGAAGCCCCUCAAGUGCCCCACCAGCAGCCUGAGCAGCGGAGCCACAGUGAGCAGCAGCAUGUAUGCCGCCACCUGCCAGGCCUCCUGCAGCUGAGACCCAGCACUGCCCUUCCGUGGUCCUGGCUGCUGGCCGGGUGGCCGCCCGAGGUGGGAGUGACCCUCCUGGGGACAGGGGAAGGAAGGGACGCAUGCACACAGACAUCUCUGCUUUCCCUCCCCAAACCCAUCAGCCAGGCAAAUGGGCAGUGCCUCUUGGGGCCAUGGACACAUUUUCUCCAAGGAGAAGCAGCCUGCUAAUUUGAUCACUGUGGCAGGAGGAGAGGAAAAAAAGAUCGCUGCUAAAAUGAGGAGGAGUUCUUCCUGUUAAGCCACAAGGCCCUUGGGGUUCCCCCAGAUGGAGCAGCAAAUCACCCCCAGGCUCCAACACAAGGUCAAUGGCUGGUUAGUGAGGUUGGGGCCGAUGGGGGAGGAGGUCCUCAGAGAGGCAGCCCUGACCUCAGCCAAGCAGCUCGGUGAUGUGUCCCACUGGGGGCCACCACCUCAUUAAGGGGAGCUCCACGUGUGUCUGAGCUGCCCAUUUCUCUCGUCUUCUCCUUCAUCUCACCACCAAUCCCCCUUGAGGGCUUUGGGCCACCAGCCGUGGCUAUUUCUGGAAGUGGCUAUGGAAGGUGACUCGAAUAAACCCUGAGGAAGCA